AUGGCCAUAUUGAAAGAUACCAUAAUUAGAUACGCUAAUGCAAGCUAUGCUACCGCUACAGGCACUUCCACCGCCACUGCUGCUGCCAGCGCUGCCUCGUGUCCAAAUUUGCCCUUGCUCUUGCAAAAGAGGCGGGCCAUUGCUAGUGCAAAGUCUAAAAACCCUAAUCUCGUGAAAAGGGAGUUACAAGCACAUCACUCAGCCAUUAGCGAGUACAACAAUGAUCAAUUGGACCAUUAUUUUCGGCUCUCCCACACAGAAAGGCCGCUGUAUAACCUGACCAACUUUACCUCUCAGCCGCAGGUUAACCCAAAGAUGCGUUUCUUGAUCUUUGACUUCAUCAUGUACUGUCACACGAGACUCAAUCUAUCUACCUCGACUUUGUUCCUUACUUUCACUAUCUUGGACAAGUAUUCCUCGCGGUUUAUCAUCAAGAGUUACAACUAUCAGCUUUUGUCCUUGACCGCGCUUUGGAUUUCGUCCAAAUUUUGGGAUUCCAAGAAUAGAAUGGCCACUUUGAAAGUCUUGCAAAACUUGUGUUGCAAUCAAUAUUCCAUAAAGCAAUUCACAACUAUGGAAAUGCAUCUUUUCAAAUCACUCGAUUGGUCCAUCUGUCAAUCGGCAACAUUCGACUCCUACAUCGACAUCUUUUUGUUCCAAUCCACGUCCCCGUUGUCGCCUGGCGUUGUCCUUUCUGCCCCUUUGGAAGCUUUCAUUCAACAGAAACUGGCCUUAUUAAAUAACGCUGCUGGUACUGCUAUUAAUAAAUCGUCCUCUUCUCAGGGCCCCUCUUUUAACAUCAACGAGAUCAAAUUGGGCGCCAUUAUGUUGUGCGAGUUAGCUUCCUUCAAUCUCGAAUUAUCAUUUAAAUAUGAUCGUUCACUAAUUGCACUGGGUGCAAUUAACCUCAUCAAAUUAUCUUUGAACUACUAUAAUUCAAAUGUUUGGGAAAAUUUCAAUCUGGCUUUGGAGGAAGACGGCGAAGAUCUAGAUAUCAAAUUAUCAGAAAUUUCUAAUACAUUAUUGGAUGUAGCAAUGGACCAAGAUUCUUUCCCCUCCAGUUUCAAAUCAAAAUAUUUGAACAACAAUAAGACCUCUUUAGCAAAGUCUCUCUUGGACGCAUUACAAAACUAUUGUAUUCAAUUGAAACUGGAAGAAUUCUACCGUUCACAGGAAUUGGAAACCAUGUAUACUAACAUCUUUUCUCAGUCCUUUGACUACGAUUCAUUGACUUGUGUUUACUCCAAUGCUACUACUCCCAAGAGCGCCACGGUUUCAUCUGCAGCUACAGACUACUUCUCGGAUCACACUCAUUUAAGAAGGUUAACCAAAGAGAACAUUUCUCCACCCUUUGCUUUCACUCCAACGUCAUCUUCCUCCUCUCCAUCUCCAUUCAAUUCUCCUUACAAGACUUCAAGUUCAAUGACGACCCCAGACUCUGCAUCACACCAUUCACAUUCAGGUUCGUUCUCUUCUACUCAAAACUCUUUUAAAAGGUCACUGAGCAUCCCACAAAAUUCAAGCAUCUUUUGGCCAAGUCCACUAACUCCUACCACACCAUCUCUUAUGUCAAAUAGAAAAUUACUACAAAAUUUAUCUGUGCGUUCAAAAAGAUUAUUCCCUGUCAGGCCCAUGACCAAUGCUCACCCAUGCGCCGCCCCAACACAACUGAAAAAGAGAUCGACUUCCUCUGUGGAUUGUGAUUUUAAUGAUAGUAGCAACCUCAAGAAAACUCGCUGA